AUGCCCCCAUCCAACUCAUCAGUGGACAGCCCAGAAAAGACUAAGAAGCAAAAAUUGACGGAGGAAGAGGUGCUGGUCUUACAAUCUCACCUAGAAAAAUGGAAGGAAGCAGCCACUGAGGAUAGAAAAGUCAUUCUGAAGGCAGCCAUGAAAGAGGCCAAAGUGCAUGCCCCUGCUAUGCAUGCCCAGUUAUUGAAGAAGAGGAAAACAAUGUACCGGGAGUGGUUCUAUAACCGGAGAGCUGAAAAGACUCGCAAAAAGAAGUUGGGUCAGAAAUGGAAUGCCCGGUUGGUGGUAGAACAGCAGCACAAGGAGGAGAUCAUUGAAAAGACCGGAGCAAGGCCUGGAUUGGAGGAAUUCAUCAAAAGAUACCAGCCAACCCUCACUGCAGUCAUGGCCAGUCUAUCGAAAGAGCAGCUGAAGGAAGCAAAGCAGACUGCGAUAGAGUGGUCUAGUGAUGGUCCUCCUACAGAGGUCCAGGCCGAGUUUGCAAAGAAGAAAGCACCUGGUAUGAUGAAGGACCUGGCGACUCAGUUAUGGAGGCAUGCCGGUAUGAGGAUAUUCAUAUUGUCCGCGUGGAAAAUGGAGGAAGGCGAAGUGAGGAUCAAUGGAAUUGACUUCAAUGAAAAGUUGGAGGGCAAUAGUUUUACAGGUACAAAGGACUGGAAGCCCAUGAUAUUGGAGUGGAAUGCCUAUGCUGGAGAAGAGUUUGGAGUUGACCAGAAUGAAGAUGACAAUGACAAUGAGGGGGAUGGGAAGAAGAGGAGAAAACCAAGGGGAAAGAAGGAUGAUUAUCCUUUGGGGGUGGAUUACCUAUGGGCUUCCGGUUAUACCGGACAUUCAGAACCUUAA